AUUUUGACAAUAGCCGCUAGCGGCCUACAAACAAAAUCAAGAGCGGAAUUAAUUCGAAUUUCUGCUGCUGUCAUGGGUAUCGAGUUUUCUUACGCAGCCGAAACAGCAUUUGUUUCUCCAACACUUUUAAAAAUUGGAGUUAUGCAUCAGCACAUGACGUUGGUUUGGGCACUGUCUCCGUUGGUUGGAUUUUUUCUAUGCCCUUUUUUGGGAUCUUUAUCUGAUCGCUGCAAGUUAAACAUUGGACGCCGAAGACCAUUUAUACUUAUAUUGUCUAUUGGAGUCAUUAUCGGACUUCUUUUGGUUCCAAAUGGCGAAACCUUGGGAUAUUGGCUUGGAGAUCGAAAUGCAAAUGAGCGAGAUGAUUUUUCUGAAUUGAAGAACUUGAAAAAUGUCAGUCAUAGUCAUCAAACGCCACCGAAAUCUUCCCAUGCCUGGGGUAUAUUUUUUACAGUAUUGGGAACAGUUCUUCUCGACUUUGACGCUGAUGCUUGUCAAAGUCCAGCUAGAGCUUAUCUUUUAGACGUAUGUUUGCCAGAAGAUCACGCAAGAGGACUGUCUACGUUUACCGUCAUGGCAGGUCUAGGAGUUUUUGGUUAUUCAAUGGGAGGACUAAAUUGGGACGAAACCGAUAUCGGUCGUCGAUUGGGUGGACACGUAAAGGCCGUUUUUUCAAUAAUAACAAUCAUAUUUAUUAUGUGUGUUGCGUUUACAAUAACCAGUUUUGCGGAAAUACCCCUGUGGGUACUAGCAAAUGCGGACUCAAAAAAUUGUAGGGGCGAGUCUGGGAGCUUUUCAAGAUCAUAUGGUGCCUGCGGAUCUGAUGAUGAAACGUAUUCAAUUCCCGACGAAAAUAAACAGGUUUGGAAUCGCUUCCUUCUACCUGUUUUCAACUUUCACAAUCCAAGAAAAGAAAUUCAAGCGCAGGGUGUGGUGAAUCUGACAAGGAACUUAACAGAACGGAUGGACAAGCUGGAAAAACCAUCGGAUCCGAAUAUGAGUCCUAAGGAAGCUAUCCUAGCAAUUGGUGGCGCAUUUGGCGACACAUCCACCCUGGUUACACAGGGUAGCAACAUUAAGCGGUAG